AUGGAAUGCUUCAAACUUCUGAGCGGCCUAUGCCACCGUAUUGUGUUUAUGACCAACAGAUUCUAUUGGGGCUCAAAGAAUGGAGAAAGGAAGAUUCAUUGGAUAAAAUGGGAAAAGAUGUGCCUACCAAAACAGAGUGGAGGAUUGGGAUUCAAAGAUAUCAAAGCUUUCAAUAUGGCGCUUCUUGUAAAACAAGGAUGGAGAUUGAUCAGGAACCCAGAUUCAUUAGCAGCCAAAACCAUAGGAUGCAAGCACUUUAAUAGAAAAAAAUUUUUAAACUCGAAGAUUGGUUUCAUACCAAGCUAUACUUGGAGGAGAAUUUGGCAAGCAAAAGGAGUGUUGGAAAAGAGAAGUUGUUGGAAAGUUGGAAAUGGAAACAACAUCAAAAUCUGGAAGGACCCUUGGUUGCCAAAACAAAAUGGAUCAAAAGUCUGGUCCCCUCCAAAGAUUCUUGAAGCAGAUGCAAUAAUUACAGAGCUGAUGACAACAGAUGACAAAGAAUAG